AGAGAGAGAGAGAGAGAGAGAACUUUUAGUCAGGUUUGUUAUAUUUGGCUAUGUGGGGGAGUGAAGUCAAGCGUGCCCCUGACACUUUUUUGGAGUGCUCAUAGCGCGCUGUAUCAUUGCCAAAACAAUGAUGUGAUAUAACGUGAUACCAUGGGAAAAUAAUGGAAACGCUCCAGAGAGAUGCUACAGACAGGAGUGAAUUUAACGGACAUAAUAACCGUCACAGCUCGCGCCACCGGGGACCGGAUGGAAUACAAACGGAAUAGUCAACGAGUGACUCACCUUUUAUACAGUCCGUUAUUUAUGGUGAGCGUGCGAUCUGCUGUGCGCACAGCUCGCCAACACGUCAGAUAACGGUCACCUUGUAGUCGCCUGUAAAUGAAGAAGAUCUUAAAUGAGUCUGCUGAACAAACGUCGUUGAACUAACAAGAUGAAUUAUAAGUUUUGGAUAUCGACUAUGUGGGACUAGAGAUGUGACCUCUUUAUUUUUACCAAGUCAUGAAAGUUAUUAAGUAACCUAACGGAACAUUCAACUAAUCUCUCAAGAUGGCCCUCAGUCCCGUCCUUCUCUUUCUCCUCUCUCUGAUUGGCUGCGGCCACUCCCAGGAUGACAUCAUCGACCCCGGCCGGGCCCCUCCCCCUCCUCUGGGUUGCGGUGUAAACGUGGACCCCCUCUACCGGACGUUGUGUGACCUGGAGUCUGUGUGGGGGGUGGUGUUGGAGGCCGUGGCCUGUGGUGGAGCCAUCACCUCCCUGGUUCUCUCCGUGGUUCUCCUAGCCAAGCGCCACUCCAUCCUUGACCCAGAUCGGCGCUCCGGCCUGGGUCCUCUUCUCCUCCUGCUGGCCUCCCUCUUGGUUCUCUUCUCCCUGUCCCUGGUCUUCCUGGUGGGGCGUAACGAGGCCCUGUGUGUGGUCCGCCGGGUCCUCUGGGGCCCCCUGUUUGCCCUGUGCUUCUCCUGCCUCCUGGCCCAGGCGGUGCGGUUGAAGAGGCUGGUGUCUGGAAAGUCUAGCCCCAAAGGGAGCUCCCUGGCUGGGCUUGGCAUGGCCCUGGCCCUGGUCCAGGGGAUUAUCUCUGGAGAGUGGCUGCUGCUGACAGUGGUGAGGGAGGGCCACGGGGCCUGCGACUACCCACCGUUAGACUUUGCCCUGGUUUGCAGCUACGCCCUGGGGCUGCUCCUGAUGGCGCUUGGCCUCUCCCUGGCUGUGGUGCUGUGUGGAGGGGAAGGGGGAGAGGACGAGGCAGAGGAGGGGAGUGACGGAGGGUGCGAGCGGCGUUGGAAGUGCAACGCCGUAUGGCUCUUCCUGUCCUGCCUGGCGUCCCUGUUGCUAUGGGUCUCCUGGCUUGUGCUCUAUCUCUAUGGCGACGCGGCGUUGAGGGGGGCGUGGUCGGGUGGUGGAGAAGGGCGGCGACCGGACUGGGAUGAGCCGGCGUUGGCAGUUGCCUUGGUGGCGCAAGGUUGGAUCAUCCUGUUAUUUCACGCUAUCCCAGAAGCCCACCUGUGUCUGAGGGACCCGCCGGUCCCCAGCCAGCAGGACUACUUUGACACCAGCCAGCCCCUGCAGCCCUGCUUCCAACAGGAGGUGCCAUUACCUACACACACCCUCACACACAGGCCCUACGCAGAUAACCAGACCUACUCUAUCGAGGAACACAGCGCAGCACUGAGAGGUGGGUCGUACCAUAACGGACAUGGGGGGAUGCGUCCUGGGAUCCCCUUCAGAGGCCACAUGUACCAGCCCACUGAGAUGGCCCUGGUGAUGAACGGAGGAACGAUGCCUACCGCUCCGGUGAACUACACAGGGAGACAGCUGUGGUGAGAGGGGAACCUUGAAACCGGUCUCCAUGGCAACACGGCAUAUUAUGGUGCCGGAAUGCUCCGGAAUGUUUCCAAUGUCAUUCAUAACCCCAUCAAUGCCUCUACCUCACCUCACCACUGACUGUACAAAGCACUGCAACAAGGAAUUUACCCCUAGCCACAGAUCUAGCAUCAGCUCACACUAACUUUUUAUACACUUUGGUCAUUGAGAGGAAAAGGGAAAAACUGAUUUGAGAUCAGUGCUCACAAGAAAUGUCAUUCCAGGAUUGACUGCACGAGAUUCAGAGAUGGGUAACAAAGACAUUGCCUGCCCCUUCUUAACCCAUGCAGACUGGAAUAUAUCCCCAAUGAUGAUGAUGAACGUCAAGCUCGCUCAGUGAACAGUUAUCGGCUGCGUCCCAAAUGGCACCGGCUCGGGUCAAAAGUAGUGCACUACAUAGGAAUAGAGUUCCAUUUGGGAUACAGUGAUACAGACUUCUGUUUUUUUUUUUAUUAUAUUUUUAGCUUUUCUGUUUUGUUGUUUUAAAAAGGGGGAAAAAAGCCUAUAUGACACACCAGGUACAGCAGAACAGCGGUCAGUCCCAAAUAGAACUCUAUUGCCUAUAAAGUGCACUACUGUUGGCCAGAGCCGUAUGGUUCUGGUUCUGGUUGAACCACUGCAUUAUAAGGAAUAGGGUUCCAUUCUGGAGGCAUUCAGUAUUUAUGUCAAUUCCAUCCAUCCACCGUGCUCACUGCCCACUCAUGUUCUCUACAGACUCUGUGUGACGCAUCUCAAAUGGCAUUCUAUUUCCUAUUUCGUGCACUAACUUUGACCAGGAUCCAAAGGGUUCUAAAGUAGUGCACUAUGUAGAGAAUGGGGUGCCAUUUGGGAUACGGAACACGAGAGUUGCUCCUAUUGAUGAUGAUUAUGACUCUAUUAGAUGUGUUGGGACACGUAAACACAUUUUUUUUCUAAGACUCUCAGCUUUGUGUUUGGUCCACCGGAGUUGUUGUGAUGAAGCACUUUAUUAAGUUAAUCUCUGCUGUCACUAUUUGGGAUAUAACGUUCGUGUGACAUAUUUCUAUGGUGAAUGUUAUGAUGGUGAAAUUGAAUUUAUUAUUGGUGUCACAAAUGAGUACUGUAUUUUUUUGGUGUGGUUCUAUGUAAUCAGUAGUUUUGUUAUGGGGUUGUUGUAACACAUUUUGAGAGUUUUUAACAGGGAGUGCAAUAUCAGUAUGAUUAUAUGGCAGAAUAUACAGUAUAUGAAUUAAUGGUAGGAUCUGCACCUCAUACUAACGUUAUAUAUUUCAGAGACUUCUUCUUUGCUCUUUGCUUGUUUUAUCGCCCAUCAAUAGCACAGUGAUGCACCCCCUUGUCCUUGAUUGGACUAAUCUGCUGCCUCUUAAUCCCUAUGGUGCUCUAACCUUGGAAUAACCCAUUUAGGGAAACUGAUAGGGGGGAUUGGUAUUAGUGGCUUUACUCUGACCAGUCGUGUACUCCUGUAUAAGGCUAUUAUAUUAUCAUCCUAUGUCCUGAUACAGAGGAGGGCUUGGUUGCAUGUCUCUUAAACACAAUUCUCACACAAACUCAAUUAAAUAAAAUAUAGAUGAAACUGUUUGGAUCGACACAUUAUUGAGGU